CUGGUGUCCGCAACCGUGUAUAUUACGAAGCCAAGAAUGUCGACUGUUUGGCAGGUCAGCAAAGAUCUUCAAAAGGCGAUCCUCGAUUGUUCAGAGAGAUGCUUGUAUAUAUCAAUGAAAUGGGCAGCGGAAUUACUUGAUGGCAUAGAUUACGAUAAACUCGAAGCAAGUAAAGAUAGCAGCGACAAUAAUCAGCGUUACGAAGACUGUCGGCUUUUAGACUCUUCACUGACUGAAUUGGAGAACAACAAAUACCUAUACGCUCGAGCCCUGUUCGAAGUACGACAGUUUGAUAAUGCGGCCUUUGUCCUAGCUCAGUUUACGGCACCAAAACUCAGAUUUUUGAGACUGUAUGCCAAAUAUCUUGCUGGAGAAAAACGCAAAGAGGAACAGAGCCAAGAUAUAAUGGGACCUAUGGAUGAUUCCUCAGCAGAUAAUACAGAGCUAACAGCUAUAUUUGACGAACUCGAUCCGCUAUAUGAAAAUAGAGAGUUGGAUGCGUUUUGUUUAUACUUAUAUGGUGUGGUACUGAGGAAAAGAAAGGCGAACCAAAAAGCUACAGAAGUACUGUUAGAAUCAGUUAAAGAAUACCCCUAUUUCUGGAGCGCCUGGAUGGAGUUGGCAACCAUGGUAGAUACCCGAAAAAUGUUUCAAGACCUUCAAGCAGUACUUGAUCAAACGUUUCCGAAACAUAUUAUGAAAGACCUCUUUUUGGCGCAUAUGGCACUACAGCUACAUCAACCUGCCGAUCUCUUUCGAUCACUUAUGGAGCCCAUAUCUGCUUCUUUUCCACGUAGUACAUAUAUAAAAUCACAAUGGGCAACGCUCAGAUAUGACUUACUGGAAUAUAAUGAGGCGGAAGAACUAUUUGAUGAACUUCGGAAUAUGAAUCCGUAUCGUCUAGAUGAUAUGGACAUAUUUUCUAAUUUACUUUUCGUCAAGGAUUCCAAAGAGAAAUUGAGUGUUUUGGCUCAUCAAAGUGAGCGGAUUGACAAGUAUCGGCCGGAAACAUGUUGUAUCAUUGCCAAUUAUUACAGUGUAAAGUCGGAGAUUGCAAAGUCAAUUGAAUACUUUAAGAAGGCCCUGAAACUCAAUCGGAAUUACCACUUGGCGUGGACCCUCCUGGGUCAUGACUAUAUGGAAAUGAAAAAUAGUAAUGCUGCGAUAGAAUGUUACAGAAGAGCCAUAAACCUUAAUCAUAAAGACUUCCGUGCGUGGUAUGGAUUGGGACAAACAUAUGAAAUUCUCAAGUUACCCUAUUACGCAAUUUACUACUAUGAAAAAUCUGCUGAAUUACGACCGCACGAUCCUCGCAUGUGGGUUGCGCUUGGAAAUUGCUUUGAAUCAUUAGACCGAGAUAAUCAAGCAAGGGAUUGUUAUAAACGAGCAUCACUGUGCGAAAACGCUGACAAAGAGACAGCUUGGCUUAGACUAGCGCGAGUGUUUCAAAAAACUGGAAAUUUGGAUGCGGCAGCAACAUAUUAUAAGCAAGUGUUGGAGCUGGACGAACAAGAUAGGCAUCUAAAUGAGAGUGAAGAAAUUGGAGAUGCGUUGCUUUUCCUUGCGAAAUAUGAAAUGAAUCGAUUCCGGUAUCGAGAAGCAAGCGACUACGCCAAGAUUGCAGCCGAUUUUCCUUAUCCUUACAAUGAGGAGGCCAAGGCACUUUUGGAAGAAUUAAGAGCUCGAGGUAGGGCAAGUAAUGGUUAAUAAUAAAAUAAAACUUGUUACACACUGGCGUUGACCAUGUUGGAUGGCUUUUGAUUGGGAGUACUGGACCCAAUCCAAUCCUAUCCCCGAUCACCAGAGAAUCAUUUUUAUUGGCCAUUUUC